UGCCUUCCGGAAGCGUAUUUCCUUUCCAAGCACCACCACAGUCCGUCGCUUGAAGAGAAAAACUCUUGGGUUGUGUGUUGGAAAAUGACUGUCUUAGCAGCAAGACCAAAUGCGUGAGCUGUCACUUGGAGUACGUGAGGAGUGCUCAAACGAACCGGGACCUUCAGCGAUUUGAUCGGCUGCACCAUAUUUCGAAAUCCCACGGACACUAACUAGCUAGCUAACAAUGACACACUGUCUGUGGCCAGAGCCGCUGUCAGCUCAGCAGCUGAAGCGGCUUGAAGAACACAAGUACAGUGCUUCUGGUCGGUCCUUAUUCGAACCGCCUUGUCAGAUUUACUGGAAUUGGUUGGUACAGCAAAUCCCGACCUGGGUCGCACCCAACACCCUGACCAUUACUGGAUUGGUUGUUAAUAUUGUCACUACGGUUAUUCUGGUUUACUAUUGUCCCUCGGCAACAGAGGAGGCUCCAUCUUGGACCUUCAUCCUCAGUGCAUUGGGUCUGUUCAUCUACCAGUCACUGGAUGCCAUUGAUGGGAAGCAAGCUCGGCGAACUAACAGCAGCUCAGCUCUCGGGGAGCUCUUUGACCAUGGCUGUGAUGCUGUUUCCACAGUGUUUGUUGCUGUUGGAACAUGCAUUUGCUGUGGGAUGGGGGCAUACUCUAACUGGAUGUUCUUCUGCGGCUUCGUGGGCAUGUUCAUGUUCUUCUGCGCGCACUGGCAGACUUACGUCUCGGGCACGCUCCGCUUCGGCCUGGUGGAUGUCACAGAGGUCCAGAUCGCCAUCACUAUCAUGUAUCUGAUGACAGCCUUCGGAGGAGUGAGUCUGUGGGAGAGCAGGCUGCCUGUCCUAGGAGUAAAACUGCACACUUUCCCCAUCCUGGGUAUCAUUGGAGGAGCCCUCUUCUCCUGCUCAAACUACUUCCAGGUCAUCAUGAAUGGUGGAGUUGGCAAGAAUGGCUCCACUGUGGCAGAUACCAGUGUGCUGUCACCAGGGAUGCACAUCGGUCUCAUACUCACUUUGGCCUUCAUCAUCUUCAAGAAAUCUUCCAGUCAGCUAUUUGAGCUCCACCCUUGCCUCUACAUCCUUACCUUUGGACUGGUGAUGGCUAAGAUCUCCAACAAGCUUGUUGUUGCCCAUAUGACCAAGAGCGAGCUUCAUCUUCACGACACAGCCUUCAUUGGGCCCGGACUCCUCUUCCUAAACCAGUAUUUCAACAGUUUCAUUGACGAGUACUAUGUCCUUUGGACUGCCCUGAUUCUCUCUCUGGUGGAUCUGACAAGGUACUGUACAGGCGUGUGUCUCCAAAUAGCUACGCACUUGAAGAUCAGAGUGUUCAGCAUCACCCCGCAGGUCCACAGGAACCAAGACUGACGGUCCGCCCGACAGGAAGAGGCUGGGGUGAGCGAAGACGCCACCCCACUGCUGAAAGCAGACUUGGAGGACCCCUCAAACCAAAAACUAAUCAGCCUUGACACCGUAACUACCUACAAUUAGACCGAACCAUUCACAACUAGCGAGCUAAUGAAUUAUGCAUGCCUUACAGUUCCACACUGGACUGAGAUAUACUAGACUGGAAAUAAUCAUGGAAAUACCUUGUGUGCUGGAGUUCCUUUUUCUUGCUCUAAAUAGACAUUGCAUGCACUGAAAAUCACUGGUUCAGUGAAUGAAUCUCAUUACAGACCCAGUGCAAUUGGUGCCUUCUUGAUUAAUAUAUCCCUAACAAUAUGAGCUGUACCCCACCACGUAGGUAAAUAUGAGCAGAAAAUCCAGUUGCACCAUUUAGACAUUUUACAUAAUGUGCACGAGCUGUGUCUUUGUUUUUGCCACAACAGAACAUCAAGAAGACCAUGCUGGUGAGAUCUAGUCACAAGCUGACAUAAUGAGUCAUAGAAGUGACCCUUUUUUUUCCAUGCAAAAAUCAUGCCUAAUACAAGAGGUUUUCUGUCAUUAUUUCCAGUUUAACCCAAAAGCCAAUUAACGUUUUUUUUUAAUUUAAUUAAAAAAUGAAUAAAGGACUGCUGUCGUCCUUUUGGGCAAAUGUUGAAAUAAUUCUUGCUUUCUUGCUUCUGAUCCAGUAAUUUUGAAUUUCAUGCAAUAGAAAUAUGUGAGAAGUACCCUAGCGUCUUUAGAUGCAAGCUGCAAACGAAGCAGCUUUCUCUUUCAGAACUCUUUGUGACAGUAGCAGCCAGACCCAGUCCAUAUUCACAAACUGAGUUCACGGAAGACUGCAUAGGUAUGGAAGCAUAAGUAAAUAUUUAAGCCUUGCACACACCUUUUACGGGACUUAUCAGGGCGGCUGGAACAAGCCACCUGUGGUAUGUAAGGCACGACGGGGCUCUCAGCACCUGCAAUUCACUGCUUCCUUCCUGUCAAAUUCUACAUUUUGUUGACUAACUCAUUCAAGAACAUUUGUUCAGCAUUGUAGAGCAAGAUGGCAAACAUUCUUUGCUCUGGGAACAUUUGUAUAUAACGAAUUCCUUGAAAUAGGAAUGGGCAAAGACAGUACUGCUGUCCGUCUUUCCGUGUUUUCAACUGAGCUGGUGUCUGUUUUCAUCCUUAUUUGAGUCUUGCCGUAUCAAAGAUCACAAAGAACAAGUCACUUCAGUCCUGUAAUGUAGUUGGAGAUGCUACUAGCCUUUCCUUUGGACUGAUGUGUAUUACUUAGUCAUGUCAGGCUGGAGAGACAAACAACUCAAGAGACUAGAGUUUCUUGCUCUGGAAUCUUGCUUAGAAGUAUGCUUGUAGUCUGUUGUGACAUACCCAAUUUUAUCACUUGUUGAUUUGUGGAAUUUUGAUUGAAAUUGGCCAGCAGCAUUUAAUGCUUCCACAAAAAUGGAGAAAUGUAAUGCUAUCGGAUUCUAUCACGAUCAGGAUGUUGAGAUUAUUUGAUAUUUGCCCCAAAGGUCUAUAGUAGCACUGGUGACUGUAUAUAUUGUAUAGUCAUCUCAUCUAAAUUAACAGAUUUAAAUAACUCAGUUCAGGAAUUGUUAAAAAUGCAAAAAAAAAAAAAUGUUUAAAACCUCAAUUAUGUCCAAUUAAAAUAAUAUGGAAUGGUAAGAUUCAAAUGUGGAAUGGUAAAUUCCGGAUAAUUUGUCAAGAGCUGCAGGUUUACAGGGGACCAGAUCUCAGUGUUAAUGCAUCCACCAGUGACAACUGACUACUACAAACCCUUCCUAGCCUAGAACCCUACCCAUAUUUUGCCACAUUGCUGGCUCUAACAUAUAUAUGUCCUCCUGCAACCCCCCUGCAGUGCACUCCCAGGUUCUGUGCUGCAUGUGAGGACAAUCUCUACCUUUGUCUAAAGGAAAAAUUCACAGCAGUUUGAUUUGAAUGGUGUUACUCAUGUGUUUGUGAUCUAUACAAAAUAUCACUUCAUUAUUAUAAUUGUAAAGUAACCUUUUAAAAAUGGUCAUGGCCAGCAAAGCAAGUCUUCCAGUUUGGCACUCUUAUUCAGUUCCAAUCAAGCAGUUCACCAGCUCCUCAUAAACAUCACAGGCGAUUUGCAUGGGAGGCACGGGAAACACAGGAAUGGCUGCAUGAGUUUAAAAGCCAGUAACAUCUGCUUGAUUGACAGGACUGGUUAAUCAAGUGGACAGCUUGAUUAACAGGACUGCUACAAACAUUGUACAGAUUAUUCAUUUUCCAAGUUGCAAAGAUAAUUAGUGGAAAGCAUGAACACCAACUUGAAUGAGGCUCUUCUAGCCCAUAGUCCCACCAGAUGACAUGCUCUGGGUGUCUAUUUAUCAUCUAGAACUGUGGUUAUUUUUUCUCCUGGGAGACCCCUGUGUAUUCUGGUUUUUGUUCCAACCAAUCUCUUGCUCAGAUAAGGUUGUUGAACACGUGUAAGUUCUUUCAUAAUUUUUUUAACACGAUGCAGGUUUGGCUGGUUAUCACUUUUUGUCAUUUUUGAGUGAAUUUUUUACUUUAAAAUGUCUCUACACAUGUAAGAAACGACCUCUCACAUAGGUACUAAUUCUGUAGUCAUUGCCACUGGUUGGACAUGCAUUUACACUGAGAUUCCAGCUGCUUUACAUAGUCUCUUCCUCAAGGGCUAUACAUUUAAGAUAAUGUGUGAUUGAAUUUAAUUAUGUUGACAGCCUUAAAUUUUAAAUGUGAAUUCUUUUUCUCAGUUUAUAUGUGAAUCCAGGAUGUAUGAACCAAGCAAAGAGCAAAAUACCUGGUAGCAUUCUCUUUUCAUUAACAUUUUCAGUUAUUUUCAUUUAUGAAACACUAUUUAUACAAAUACCAUCAGAUUAUUAGGAAAUGUAUGUAUUUAUAACCAUAAAAAUGGGACUUUUCACAUUUCUGACUUUGUAUUCACUCAAAAUACACACACACACACACACACACUCACUCACACACACACAGCUUUUAUAUACCAAGUAUAUUUGUAUAUACAUGGGUACUUGAAACUCAAUGCUUUAUGAUGAUUGAUGUAUAAUUGUGAGUUUAUGAUUAGGUGAGUAGAGGGACCCACUAUGUGACUAGUGCCUACAGGACAAGUAGUUCUUAAACAGGGUACAGGUCCCUUUUAAGGUCUGGCUUUGUCUUAAAAGAGUAGGAUAGACAAAGGGAUUUUUCUCAUUACAAAUGGAAGGGGGAUUUCUGGAAAAGGCAAAUGUUCAAUUUUUUAUUAAAUAAUUUAUUUUUAAUGACAAAUGCUCUACUGUUUUUUAAUCAACUGGAGUGACUGAGCAAAACACUGUCACUGCAUAUAUUCAAAGAGCAGUUUUUUCUGGUUUGAUGUAAUGUGACAUCACCAGAUUUGGCACUGCGACAAGCUCCUCUGUUUAAAGAAAAACAGAAAACUAUGUCAUUUUAAUUGCUUUAUAGAAACAAUUUUAACAGGUUACAGGUUUUCAAACUUAGAACGAAAGUGGUGCAUUAAAACGGUGCACUAUUGUGUUUCGCCUUUGCAUUUUCUGCAUCAAUAUAAUGUGUUGGAAACAUUAUACUAACAAAGUAAUGUGAGUGAAAAACAAUAAAAUUAUUUGCCAUGUAAAAACUGGUGCUAAAACCUGAA